GAGCUUGAAAUCUAUAGCAUGAAGAUUGAUUGCAAAGUAACAUCUCGAUUUGCUCACAAUGUGGUAAUCAGCCGGGUGGUAAAUCGAGCAAAUGAAUCAAGGGAAGCUUUCUUUGAAGUGGAACUACCCAAAACAGCGUUCAUUUCCAACUUCAGCAUGACUUUAGAAGGAGUAACAUUUGUGGGAGCUGUGAAAGAGAAAGAGGUUGCUCAGCAACAGUACCAGCAAGCAGUUUCACGAGGACAGACUGCAGGGCUUGUAAAAGUGGCUGGAAGAAAAAUGGAGAAGUUUAAAGUAUCAAUAAAUAUUGGACCAACCAAAAAAGUCACAUUUGAACUAACAUAUGAAGAAUUAUUAAAACGGAACCUGGGGAAAUACGAGAUGAAUAUCAGAGUAAAACCUCAGCAACUUGUCAAACAUUUCCAGAUUGAUGUACAUGUUUUUGAACCACAAGGCAUUGCCUUCCUGAAUGUUGAUGCAAAUUUUCUAAAAAAUAAUCUAACUUCAAUUGUGAAAAAGACUCUUACUGCAACAAGGGGACAUGUUUCCUUCAAACCAACACUUGAACAACAGCGUAAAUGUCCUAAUUGUCAUGGAACAAUUCUGGACGGAGACUUCAUCAUAGAGUAUGAUGUCAAUAGAGACCUGUCUGCUGGUAAUGUUCAGAUUGUAAAUGGAUACUUUGUACAUCAUUUUGCACCUGUUAAUCUAUCCAGGAUUCCUAAAAAUGUCAUCUUUGUGAUUGACCACAGUGGAUCUAUGUCGGGGGCUAAAAUGCGUCAGACAAAUGAAGCUCUUGUAAAAAUUUUAGAUGAUAUGGACACAAAGGAUCAUUUUGCAAUUAUUAUCUUUGAUCAUUCUUUUGGAACAUGGCGAAAUUCCAUUUUUCAAGCAACUCGGAACAAUGUGACUGAAGCUAAAGAUUUUGUGCAAACCAUUUCAGCCAGAGGAGGAACAAAUAUAAAUGAUCCUAUGUUGGAAGCAGUGAAACGUCUGGACAAUGCCCAUAAAGAAAAGCUUUUGCCUGAAAGAAGCGUCUCCAUGAUUAUUUUGUUAACUGAUGGUGAUCCAAAUGAAGGAGAAUCAAACCCAAGAAAAAUCCAGCAGAAUGUUAAAAAAGCUGUCAAUGGCAGGUACAACGUGUACUGCCUUGGCUUUGGUUAUGAUGUUAAGUACAGUUUUCUGGAGAAAAUGGCACUAGAGAAUAAUGGUAUAGCACGGAGAAUUUAUGAGGAUUCCGAUGCUCCCUUACAGCUCCAGGGUUUUUAUGAUGAGGUGGCGAAUCCCUUGCUUUUAGAUAUUGAAUUGCAAUAUCCAGAGAAUACCAUUUCAGAAUUAACUCAGGCCAAUUUUAGACAGUAUUAUGAUGGGUCUGAAAUUGUAGUGGCUGGCAAAAUUUUAGACAAUAACCUGGAUUCACUCACAGCAGAAGUUUUUGCUCAAACUGCCAAUGAAAACCUAACUCUAAAAGCUGAAGUGAAGGUUUCAGAAGUUGAAAAUGUUACUCAACAGCAGCAGUACAUUUUUGGUGAUUUUACUGAGCGACUGUGGGCUUAUUUGACCAUACAACAGCUCUUAGAGAAGCGGGUUUCUGCAGAGACAAAUAAAGAGAAAAACCUAACAGACAGAAUCCUGGAACUUUCACUGAAAUACAGCUUUGUAACAUCAUUAACAUCAAUGGUCGUCACAAAACCAGAGGAAAAUAAGAACGACAGCUUUGUGGCUGACAAACCGUCAGAAGAUGGUAAUAUGCCACCCAAAGUGCCUUAUGUUUUCAUUUCCGGCGAUCCUCAUUUUAUCAUUUCAAUAAAUGAUCACAGUGAUGCCAUUUGUUUCAACAUUGAUGGAAAACCAGGUGCAAUUCUAAAUCUGGUCACAGAUCCUUAUACAGGUUUCGUGGUAAAUGGACAGUUGAUUGGAGAGAAGAAAAUCAAAACUAACAAGAAAAUAAACACAUACUUUGGAAAGUUUGGAAUUAGGAAUAAGAAAAUGGAUGUGAAAGUUGAAAUAUCGACACAAACAAUUACGAUCUUUCAUGGAGAAGAUAAGAUUAUUUUUCCCUGGUCAGCAACAGCAUCUUUAACAAAAGAGAGUUUCUCCAUUUCAAUCACGAAAGAAAGGAAUCUCACACUAACAAUGGGAGAUAAUGCAACAUUUGUUAUUGUAUUGCACCGGGUCUGGAAAAAUCAUCCUCUACACAGAGACUUUCUGGGAUUUUAUACACUUGACAGCCACAGGCUCUCAAAUAUGACCCAUGGAUUACUCGGUCAGUUUUACCAAGAAGUAAAUGCUGAGAUAUAUAACAUUCGCCCUGGCUUAGAUCAAGGCAAACCUGACGCAACAAUGAUUGUUAAAGAUCACAAACUUAGAGUGACAAGGGGGUACCAGAAAUAUUACAGACUUGAUCCAAAGCGAGGAACCAAUGUCCCAUGUUGGUUUGUUCACUACAACGGGAAAGGAUUUAUUGAUGGAAUUCCCACUGACUACAUUGUUUCUUCUUUAUUUGACUCGAUAUAUCCAUAG